AUGAUGAAGGUUUUGAUGACUCCCUACAUAAUCCUUAUAGCUUCUUAUAUCGUCGGUGUAGGCAGUAGUCGAGCACCUACACAUUUAUUGGUAACCCGGGUUGGGCCAUGUUACGACCCCCAAGAGACCAUUGUGAAAGUUUCUGAGCUCAGUGUUACAACGGAGAGUUACGAUUCAAAAUUGAGCGGAGUCAUUAAUAUUACUGAAGACAUCGGUAUUGGAUGGAAGAUAAAGGCCACUAUGCAGAAAUGCGUGGACAUCCGAAACAUAGAUACCUGUGACUUCUUCAAAUCAUUCUUCGUAGUAAGCAAUGGCUGUAGUGCUGACGAAGUGCAUCAGAAGCUAUACAAUGCACUCUUUAAUUAUACGAGACCAAAAAUUCAAUGCCAUAAACGAGCUGGUAUUUACAAGUUACUUAAUUAUCCAUUUUAUAGUGAUGACAACUACAUCUCGGUAUUAGAAUCUAAAAUAUCGACUAGCGUGUUUGGUUACACGAUCAGUUUGGAAGGAUACGCUGCUAACAAGAAGAAGAUAUUUUGUAUCGAAACAUAUCUACAAGUGCUUUACGAGAGAAAUCAUAAUUGGAUGAAUCCCAACAUCCGGGUCACUACUCCUAGCGCGUCAGACAGCUAGUUGACAUAGGAAACAUCACAGAGGGGAGCAGCUAUAGAUCAUCAAAUUAUAGGAAAGAAUGAAGACACAGAAAUGAAAAAUACGAUUAAAUAUAA